AUGGAGGAGCUCGAACGCCUGUCACUGGUGUCAAGAGUGUGUGUCGAACUUGACAAUCACUUUGGACUGGCAGAUAAGGAUGUCGCGGAAUUUAUCAUAUAUUUGGCUACUGAAAAUCCAACUUUCGAUAAAUUCAAGAAAUCAAUAACGAAGGAAGGAUUGGCUGAUCAGUUUGAUGAUUCUUUGUUAGCAAAUCUCCUUCGCAUUAUACAGCACAUGCAACUGAAAAAGAAAGAUGUAGCAAAUGCGAAGACGCUUUCGGAUGAUAAAGAAUUGCUUCGCGAAACACUUCCAGCUCUUGCGAUGCCAAAUGUCGAUGCAAAUAAACUGAUGAAUGAACUAGAAGGCUUACAGCCAAAAUGGAAGGAGGAAAAAACGAAAAUGACGGAUAAAUCGAAUGAAAAGAAACGAAGCGACCAUCGGUUAAAAAGUAUAAACACUGGAAAAAGAAAAUAUCGCCGUUCUUCGGACGAUGGGAAAGAUAGACAUUCGCAUGAUGGCCGAAGACAAGGACGAAGUCCCACUGAGACAGGUCAAAGGAGAAAACGAAACAGAAAUCGGAGUGAAAAACAAAAGGAACCGUUAUCAAGACGGCAUCGUAGGAGUAGAUCAUAUUCUUCCGAAAAUGGAAGGAGGAGAAUGAGUCUCGCACCUAUUGUUGGUCAUAUUUACAAUGGCCGAGUAAUAAGCAUUCAAAGCUUUGGAGCCUUUAUACAGUUGGAGGGCUUACGUCAGCGCUUCGAAGGUCUUUUACACAUAUCUCAAAUCAGGCAGGACAGAGUGAAUGCCGUCUCUGAUGUAUUAAAUCGGAACCAGAAGGUCAAAGUUAAGGUUAUUAAAUUCGAGUUAGGAAAGAUUGGUUUGUCGAUGAAAGAAGUUGACCAGGAAACAGGACAAGAUCUUAACCCGCAUGAGCCUACACCACUUGCAGAUGGUGCUCGUCCGCCUCGCAAUCCCGAAGCACCAUGGAUGGAUCCGUCUACUUCUCGCAAUCCAGAUGAUGUAUCUGUCACUCAGUCGAAAAGUGUGGUGAAAAGUCGUGUUCGUUUAACAACUCCUGAGAGAUGGGAAUUGAGGCAAAUGCAAGGCGGAGGAGCGAUCACUAAUGCUGAUUUACCUGAUUUUGAUGAGGAACUUGGUGUUCUGAGGAAUUAUGAUGAAGAAAGUGAUGGUGAAGAUAUCGAAAUAGAAAUUGUUGAGGAAGAGCCGGAAUUCUUACGCGGUUACGGGAAAUGUAUGUUAGAUCUCGAACCAGUAAAAGUUGUGAAAAAUCCAGACGGAAGUUUAGCACAGGCAGCCCUAAUGCAGAGUGCACUCGCAAAAGAACGGCGAGACCAAAAACUGCAAGCACAGCGUGAGCAAGAAUCUCAUUCUCAUCGUAGUGGUCUUUCUUCCACUGCUAGAAUCAAUGAUCCUAUGGCAGAAUUAUCCGUGCAGACUACAGUGGAUACUUCGGGGCCAAGUCAAAGGCAAAAGGAAAUGCCAGAAUGGCUAAGACAUGUAACUGCCGGUGGGAAAGCAACUUACGGGAAACGAACAAACAUGUCACUUAAAGAGCAACGCGAAUCGCUUCCAAUUUUUGCAUUGAAGAAAGCGCUUCUGGAGGCAGUUGCUGCCCAGAAUAUUUUGAUUGUCAUUGGUGAAACUGGGUCCGGAAAAACAACUCAAAUCACUCAGUACAUGGUUGAAGUUGGAUAUGCUGCUCGUGGUCGGAUUGGAUGUACUCAACCGAGGCGUGUGGCCGCGAUGUCCGUUGCGAAGCGCGUUGCCGAAGAAAUGGGUUGCAGACUUGGCUCUGAAGUUGGUUAUACUAUUCGAUUCGAAGAUUGUACAAGCCAAGACACUGUAGUGAAAUACAUGACGGAUGGUAUGUUACUCAGAGAAUGUUUGCUGGAUCCGGAUUUAACAUCAUAUUCGGUAAUAAUGUUGGACGAAGCUCAUGAAAGAACUAUUCAUACCGAUGUUUUAUUUGGGUUAUUGAAAGCUGCAGUGAAAAAACGACCGGAACUCAAGCUAAUUGUUACUAGGUGUGUUUCUGAUUUCUUCAUUUACCUUUGUUACCUUGUUUUGACGAUGGCAGAAUUUCCAUUGGAACCUAGUUUGGCUAAAUUGCUGAUCAUGUCAGUGGAUUUAUGUUGUUCGGAUGAAGUGCUCACUAUUGUUUCAAUGUUGUCGGUGCAAAAUGUUUUCUACAGACCAAAGGACAAACAAGAAAUAGCAGAUCAGAAAAAGGCGAAAUUUCAUCAACCGGAAGGCGACCACUUAACACUACUAGCUGUCUACAAUUCUUGGAAGCAUCAUCAUUUUUCUCAGCCAUGGUGUUAUGAAAACUUCAUUCAAAUUCGAACUUUAAAAAGAGCACAGGAUAUUCGGAAACAGUUGCUUAGUAUCAUGGACAGACAUAAGCUAAACACAAUAAGUUGUGGUCGAGAUGUACAACGCAUACAGAAAGCUAUAUGUUCAGGGUUUUUUCGAAAUGCGGCAAAGCGAGAUCCACAGGAAGGAUAUCGAACAAUCGUGGACGGCCAAAAUGUUUAUAUUCAUCCUUCUAGUGCACUGUUUCAAAACCAACCAGAAUGGGUUGUGUAUCAUGAGCUUGUAAUGACAACAAAAGAAUACAUGCGUGAGGUAACUGCUAUUGAAGCGAAAUGGUUAGUGGAAUUCGCGCCGUCUUUCUUCAAAAUGGGCGAUAAUACGAAAUUAUCAGCAUUUAAAAAGAACCAGACAAUUAAUCCCUUGUAUAAUAAGUACGAAGAUCCAAAUGCUUGGCGUAUCACACGAUUGAAGAAGAAGAUCUACAAUCCAAACAGAUAAUUUAUGCUACUUUGUCUUAUAUUGAUUCUCUUUAUUUUGUAGAAAAAUAUUUGGUAGACAAAUGAAUUUUGAAUUUCGUUCCUUGCAUUCCCUUACGUUUUUAUUAAAUCAUUAAUGUUUUGACUCAGUUAUUAACUGCGAAUUGUACUUUCCAUUGACUACUUUGUCCUUUCAUUUUUUUUUUUUUUUGUUAUUUAUAAGCAGCUCAAUAAAAGGUAUUUGAAGUGCAAGAAUAAACUGAUAUCA